GGAGGGACAGUCUUGUGUGUAUAAAUACAAGACUGGGAUGGACACAGAAAAGAAGAUUGGAACGACACCUGAGUACACUGGAGCAACAUUUUAAUAGACGUGUAAAGGAGAAGCUAUGGCAAACAUGAGGGGUUUGAUUAUGGAUGUGAAUCUGAGAAGUCGUGAAAACAACUUGGCUCACCGCACCAGGGAGAUCGAUAGGGAGCGCCUGAUUGUCCGCAGGGGUCAACCGUUCUCCAUAACGGUGCAGUGCUCUGACACUCUGCCUCCGAGACACCACCUGGAGCUGGUUCUGCACCUUGGUAAGACAGACGAGGUGGUGAUCAAGGUUCAGAAGGAACGCGGGGCCGGCGACAAGUGGUGGUUCAACCAGCAGGGAGCGCAGGAUGAAAUGCUGCUGACUCUGCACAGUCCACCGGAUGCUAUCAUCGGCCAGUACCACCUGGCUGUGUUGAUGAUGUCCCCUGACGGACUCAUUUUAGAGAAGACCGACAAAAUUAGGUUCCACCUGCUCUUUAACCCGUGGUGCAAAGAUGAUGUGGUGUACCUCCCUGAUCAGAGUCUGCUUCAGGAGUAUGUUAUGAAUGAAGAUGGAGUCAUUUUCAUGGGGUCCUGGGAUAACAUUUGGAGUAUUUCCUGGAGUUUUGGACAAUUUGAGGACUAUGUGAUGGACAUCUGUUUUGAAGUCCUGGACAACUCCAAGGAUGCCCUGAAAAACUCAGAGACGGACAUCAAGCUCAGAUCGGACCCCGUCUAUGUCAGCAGGAUGAUCACCGCGAUGCUGAACUCUAACGGUGACAGGGGUGUGUUGACCGGUCGCUGGGUGGAGCCGUACACUGAUGGAGUCCCGCCGUACAAAUGGUCCGGCAGCGUGCCGAUCCUCCAGCAGUGGAGCAAGAAGGGGGUCAGGGCGGUCAAAUAUGGCCAGUGCUGGGUGUUUGCUGCCGUCGCCUGCACAGUGCUGCGCUGUCUGGGAAUCCCAACACGCCUCAUAACCAACUUUGCUUCAGCCCAUGAUGUCGAUGGAAACCUCGCCAUCGACAUCGUGCUGAAUGAAAGACUGGAGAGAAUUGAUGAAAGAAACAACGCAGAGAGCAGCUGGAACUUUCACUGCUGGGUCGAGUCCUGGAUGAGUAGAGGAGAUCUUCCCAAAGGAAAUGACGGCUGGCAGGUUUUGGACCCGACCCCUCAAGAACUGAGUGAUGGUGAGUUUUGUUGCGGCCCGUGUCCAGUGACGGCCAUCAAAGAGGGAAAUCUGGGGGUAAAGUACGACGCUCCGUUCAUAUUUGCCGAGGUGAACGCUGACAUCAUCCACUGGGUCGUCCAACGCGAUGGCCAACGGCGAAAGAUCAAAAUGGAUCAGGCCAGUGUGGGGAGGAAUAUCAGCACCAAAAGUGUUUACGGCAACCAGAGAGAAGAUGUCACUCUACACUACAAAUAUCCUGAGGGCUCCAAGAUGGAGAGGGAGGUGUAUCAGAAGGCGGGGCGCCGGGUCACGGAGCCGACAUAUGAGAACGCAGAACCAGGACAACUGAAGCUGUCAAUCAAGCAUGCUAAGCCUGUAUUUGGGACAGACUUUGAUGUGAUUGUUGUGGUGGAGAAUGAAGGAGGCAGAGAGGCUCAUGCUCAGAUAACCAUGCUGGUCACCGCUGUGACUUACAAUUCCGUCCACCGGGGGGAGUGCAAGAGACAAACAAUCAGUGUGAUAGUGCCAGCUCACAAAGCCUACAAGGAAGUGCUGCGUCUGCACUAUGCCGACUACGCCGGGUGUGUCUCUGAACAUCAUACGAUCAGGGUGAAAGCCCUCUUACAGGCUCCAGGAGAGAGAGAGCCCAUCAUGACGGAGGUCAACAUCAACCUGAGCAUGCCUGAACUCCUCGUACAGGUGCCUGGGAAGGCUUUUGCAUGGGAAAAAUUAACAGCCCUCAUCUCCUUCACCAAUCCUCUGCCAGUUCCUCUGAAGGGUGGCGUGUUCACUGUGGAAGGGGCCGGCCUACUGUCAGCCACUGAGAUCCUUGUUAAUGGGGAUAUAUUUCCCGGCCAGAAGGUGUCUGUCAGGCUGUCGUUCUCACCCACGAGGCCGGGGAUCAAGAAGCUCCUUGUGGACUUUGACUCUGACAGACUGAAGGACGUGAAGGGAGUCGCCACCGUGAUUGUCCACAAGAAAUCCGUCCCUAUACAUACUAUUACUUAUUGAAAACCUCUGAGCUGACUGGGACACGACUCCGCGGUGGGUUGGUUGAUGCUGAAGGCCCAGCGAUUAUUUCAUCUGAUUCUGUCACAAAAUCAUCAGUAUUAAAUUGAGGCUGUUUCAUAAUCAGCUAAAAGUUCCUCACAGUAACUUUAAACAGUAGAUGUGUCUUCCAGGAUGAUUGUGACCUUAUCCACUAAGAAAUACCGCACAGUGUUUAUUUACCUUAAAGCCACUAUGCGUCAGAUUAUAAAAUGUUUGACUUUACAGGUGACGCCUCUAAACGGCAAAUAAUGUAAACACAGAAUGAUUUGCUUUUUGUUUAUGUUACUCUGUACCAUUUCAUGUCUUUAUUUCUUACUUGAUUGCAUUGCCAAGUUUAACAAGUUUCCUUCCAUCUUUGUUAUCUUCUCCUGAUCAACUCUACAGCCGAUUGUUAGUCCCUUAUAAUGAAAUAACAACCACCCCAGUGGUUUAAACAGUGUGCUUUGUUUUGCAUACUAUUAAAAUAAAGGAUAAAAAAAUAAAGAAUAAAAGUGCCUAAGUUCAAGAAAAGUUUAUGUUUUAUGUUGUGUUUCAUAAUUUGGAAGAAACCAAUUAUUUAAAAAUAAUUUAAUCCUAAUAUGAUUAUGAUUCUUGAGAAUAAUUUUGUGUUCAGGCUGAUAUGACAAAUACUAGCAUGCUUUCAAUAAAUAAAAUAUAUAUUUUCACCAGUA